AUGUGUGUUACUUUCGUGUACAUCAGUCAAAAUCCAGAUGCUAAAUAUAAACUGAUUCUAAUCAAUAAUCGUGAUGAAUUUCUCGAUCGACCCACUAGUAAUGCUACAUGGGAAAAUGGAAUUCUUGCUGGUGGACGUGAUGAAAAAGAAAAUGAACGUGGAACGUGGUUUUGCAUGGCCGCUGAUGGCCGUAUCAGUAAUUUACUCACAAUUACUGUACCACUCAAUCAUAUGAAAAAAGAUACUGUCACUAGAGGUGUAUUGCCUAUAAAUUUUUUGAAGAAUGAAUGUGAUCAGUAUGAAAUGACUGGUUUGGUGCAUCAUUCGAACGAAGAAAUUGAAAUAAUCAAAUUUCCACCAGGUAUUUAUGGCUUUGGCAAUAGCCCACCAUAUGAACCAUUUAAAAAAGUACAGUAUGGUGUGGGAAAAAUGAAGAAAAUCGUUGAAGAUAUCGAAAAUAAAAACUUCUCUGAUACAGAAAUCAUAGAAAAACUACUUCAGCUAGCUACUGACAAAUACCAGUGUUUUCCAGAUGAACAACUUAGACAACGAUGCGGUCGAUCAAACGAAAUAUGCAAAUAUCGCACAGCUAUUUUCGUCCAAUAUCCCGAUGGAAUUCGCUACGGUACAAGAUCACACACAAUUACUAUUGUGGACCGCAGUAAUCGAGUUACAUAUUACGAGAAAUCAAUGAAAAGUGGAACUACAAAAGUAAACGAAGCAACUUGGACACAUCAAUUAUUCCACUUCCAUCUAACAUAA